AUGAAAUCAUCAACAGAAUCAUUAUCAUGGGAGAAUUUAAGAUAUGAUUUACAUCCAUGGUUGAAAUACGCAAUACAGUCGUUGGGAUAUCCAACAAUGACACCAGUUCAAGCAUCAACAGUACCUUUAUUAAGUGGAAAUAAAGAUGUUAUAGUAGAAGCAGUAACUGGAUCAGGUAAAACAUUAGCAUUUGUGAUACCAGUACUAGAAAAGUGUUCAAAAAGGUUAUUUGCAAAAGGAGACGAAUAUGAACCAUUAAAGAGAAAUCAUAUACUAAGUAUUAUACUAUCACCAACUAGAGAAUUAGCUAAACAAAUUCAAAUGGUAUUUGAUCAUGUAUUGGAGUAUUUACCAGAAGAAGUAGGUUCAAUAAAAACACAAUUAUUAGUUGGAUCGUUAGGAAAUGUAAGAGAAGAUCUUGAAAAAUUCCAAGAAAAUCAACCACAAAUAUUAAUAGCAACACCAGGUAGAUUACUAGAUUUCAUGUCAUCACCAAUUCCAAAAACAUCAUCAUUAGAAAUAGUAAUAUUAGAUGAAGCAGAUAAGUUACUAGAUUUUUCAUUUGAAACUGAUGUCAUUAAUAUACUUAAGAGGUUACCAAAACAAAGAAGAACUGGAUUAUUUUCUGCUACAAUUUCAUCAGCUGGCAAUACAAUUUUCAGAACAGGGAUGAAUAACCCUGUAAAAAUCCAAGUUAAAACCAAAAAUUUUCUAGGGGAACAACAAAAUGCACCAACUGCUUUAACAUUAUCUUAUAUGUUUGUUGAACCAAUGGAAAAAUUAAGAACUUUAUUAACAAUGCUAAAAAGUUAUGAUUUCAGAAAAGUUAUAGUUUAUUUCCCAACAUGUACUGGUGUUAAACAUUUUUAUCAAGUAUUCAAUUACGUUGCUGGUGAUCAGGGACUGCAGUUUUUCUCAUUACAUGGACAAUUAAAUACAAAAUCAAGACUAAAAACUUUGGAAAAAUUCAUGGAAGGAAAUGAUCUAAACACAAAAUAUUGUUUAAUGACAACAGAUGUAGCAGCAAGAGGUAUAGAUGUUCCAGAUGUUGAUCUUGUGAUACAAAUUGAUCCACCAACUGAUCCAAAUGUAUUUUUACAUAGAUGUGGAAGAACUGGGAGAGCAAAUAAAGUAGGAAGAGCAAUAGUUAUGCUAAACAAGGAUACUCAAGAAGAAGAUUAUAUUGGAUUUAUGGAAGUUAAAAAUAUUUACAUGACUGAAGUAAAACCACCAACAUUAGAAUUCCAAAAUUUAUCGAAGAAGUUAAGAAAGUACAUGUUAGAAGAUAGAUCAAGACACGAAUUAGCUAUAAAAUCAUACGUAGGAUUUAUAAGGUAUUAUUCAAAACAUAUAGCAAGUUCCAUUUUUAGGUUAGCUACACUCGAUUAUUUAGGGAUUGCAAAAAUGUAUGGAUUGUUGCGAUUACCGAAAAUGCCAGAAUCAAAAUAUAUAGAAGAUAUACCAACAGAUGGAUGGUUGGGGGAAGUUAUAGAUAUGGAUAAUUAUUCAUAUGCAGAUAAAGCACAAGAAAAAUCAAGAUUAGAAAAUUUGGAAAAGGAAAAACAAUUAAAAAUAGAUAAUGCUAAAAAACGUAAAGAAUUAAAAAUUAAAAAUGAAGCAUGGUCAAGUAAAACUGAACAUAAGGAAACAAAACAAGAAAGAAAAGAUAAAAUGAAAAGAAAAAAAGAAGCUAUUGAAAAACAAUUAGAAAAAGAAGAUUCAGAUCAAGAAGAAACUCAACAAGAUUGGAAAGAUAUGAUAAGGCAACUGAAAAAGAAGAAAUCACAAACUACAAUGCAAGGAUCUUUUGAUGAUUUAUAA